CUUCAAGCAGUCAGUCGAGCUGCGUGAGUCUAUGAGGGAGGGUAUCGUCGCAUUUUUGCGAAAAAUCCGCUGUUGUACGCGGUCGGUACCAUUUUAGGGGUCAUAAUAGUGUACUUUUAUUGGCCGUAAUGACUAUCAUUCUCUUUCUUGUAGACACUAGUGCGUCUAUGAACCAACGUACUUAUUUGGGAACGGCAUUGAUUGAUGUAGCGAAAGCAGCAGUUGAAAAUUUUAUGAAGGUAAACAAAAACAUAAGAAUCAAAACAAUGAAAGAUCAACACUAUCUUUUGGUAAUUUUUUUUAAAAAAAAGUAUGUUAACUUUUAAAAAAAAAAUCAGGUCAGUGAAACAUUUUUUUUCUUUUCUUUUUAGAGCCGAUCCCGCGAUGGGAGCAGUCGAUGGGACCGUUACAUGCUCCUGACUUUCGAAGAUCCACCAGCGAAUGUAAAGGUAAAACGAAGCAUUGGCUAAAUUCCGGCGCCUCUUUAUAAACGUUUGGGUACUUUAUUUCGAAACUGUGUGAAAGGCUUUAUUAUUUCCCAAAUAUUUGCAUUAUAUAGUCGAAUAAAUGACAAAUAUUACAAGAAAUUUGUCAGUUUACCAUGGUCGUCGCCAUUUUGCCCUCAAUAGCGAAGUGGAUGCUGGGAAGGGUUAAAUGUUGACCCAGCAACGAGAGGUCAAGUUAAUAGGUCAGGUCAUAGUUUACAGGUCAACAAAACAUAAAGAAAAAUGUAGUUAUGUUACUAUCGUUUCAUUGAGCAUUGUUAAUUUGAAAUAAAUAUUGAGAACUCCUGAUGAACAUUAAAAGGUGAACGAAAAUUAGUUGAUUUUUUAAAGUGCAGUUAAUAAACAGGCCAAUACUAAUUCUAAUCUUAUUUAUAGUCAAUAAAAGUAGACCAAUUAAUGAAUUAAUUAAAAUUAAUAAGUCAGGCCAAGAUUGUACUGGUACUACCAAUGAAUGACUAAUUGACUAAUGAUUACUGUAACCUCUGCCACUCAGCUUUUCUGAUAAAGAAAUUGAACCUGAUCAGCACAAAUCUGUAGAAUGUAAAAAGUGCUACAGCUACAGUUAAAUGAUUUGUUAUGGUGGAUCAUAAAAAAGCAUCAGAUAUUAAUAACAUAAUAAUAAUUUUAAUGUUAGUAUUAAUUUUAUUAAUAGUAAUAAUAGUAACCUUAUGGGUGUUGUCAUUUUACUUUUACAUUUUUAUGAAAUUUGAAUUUCUCCAUGCAAUUUAUUUAUCCAUCUAGGCUGGUUGGAAAGAAAGUCAUUUAACAUUUGCUUCAGAGCUGAAGAAUUUGAGGGCAGCUGGCUUGUCAACACUUGGACCUUCUUUAAAACAUGCUUUUGAUUUGCUUAAUUUAAAUAGAAUGACAAGUGGUAUUGAUACAUAUGGACAGGUAGAUGAAAUUGUUACAUUCUUACUGAUUUUUGCAGCCAGUUUUACAAGAAAUUUAAGUAAAUUUAGUAGUGCUGACCCGGAUACCUGGAAACAUCAAGUAUUCACAUACCCAGACCUGGCAACAACAAAUAUAAUAAAAGGAACUGGGUCCGGUUGGUAAAAUAAAAAGUUAUCUUUUGGUUUUUUUUUCCACCCAAUAAAAUGAAAAGUGCACAAAUAGAAUUAGUAUAUCUUUUUUACAUUCUUUUUUUGGCACAUUUUACCUGAAUUAAAUAACAGAAAAUACUUAAUUUCACAUGAUGAGUGGCUGAUGAUCCUGAGUAGCCAAUAUUUUUGUUUGUGUGAAUCAUUUCUAAUAUACUAUGCAUAUAAUGGUAUCAAAAAAGUGAAAACUGCCUGCAGCAACACUAGGGCACAUAACUAAAACCCAGCUCUAUGUUUAUUGUUUAUGGAUUAGGGCAGUCGUUCUCAAACUGGGUAACAAUCCUCGGGGGGGGGGGGGGAUACCCAACAAAAUGCAAGGGUUCCCUUGGGAAUUUCGGGAGGGGGGGGGGGGUUAAUUUGAAUUUUCUUUUUNACUACACAUUUACUCUGUCUACACUACAUUAAAUAAAAUAUAAAUAUAACUAGCAGUUCAUUUUCUUUUCAUUUAUUUCCCCCUAAAUUGCCUAAACUUACAAGUUAGGAGCUUCCAUGCAAAACUAUAGCCAGGUGUCAAAUUUCUGGGGACUGGGUUACAGAGUCUCCUCUACAAAACUCUCCAAACUUCUUAGACCUUAAUUCUGCUUCCUUCCACCUCCGAUCAAAACUUAAGUACCAACUCCUUUUUGAUUUUACUGGUACUACUACUUUUGAAAAAAAGCUCUGCCCCCCCCCCCCCUCACCCCAACACCCAAUUUCAAGGUAUGCACUAAUUCUGGUUGUGGUUUGCCACAACUUGGCAAAUGUUAUAAAGGGCUCAUGACAUUUAAAAGCUAGAGAACGGCUGGGUUAGGAUUAUAUUAUUUAGCUGUUACUGUUAGUGUUUUUAAUCCUCCAACACUGAUACCUUUGUGAUCGCUACUGGUUCUAUGCAUGCACUUUUUACUUUCUCACAUUGGGUAGAAAUUAGAACACAUUAUAGAAGUUAACUCUUUUUUUUUUUUAAAUACCUGGACACAGACCUCCUGGAUAUUGUCUCAAUUACCCUAUCCAGGGGUAAGAAAACUGCUCUAGGCUCAGCCCUAAUAUUUAUAAAACAUAGAAUACAAUUUGUUACAAUUAUAAUUAUUUAUUAUAUAUUUAUUUUGACAUACCCGUAAUCAUAAUCCAGAUCUUAGUUAACCACAUGAAUUGAAUUUAUUAAAAUAUUUCUUUGAUGACAAAUAAUUUAUUAUUUCCAAUAGGGCCGGAGUCCAUUUUAUAAUGAGUCCACAAUUAUCAUAGUGAUAACUGAUGGUGGCCACCUAACAACACCUAAUGGUGUACAGUCAGAGGUAAGAAAGUAAGCCAUCUAACAACACCUAAUGGUGUACAGUCAGAGGUAAGAAAGUAAGAAGAUGAGAUUUAGUAUUAGUAAAUUUCAAUACUUGUUUUAUCACACUGAACCUGAAUUCAAUUAAUUUGGUAUAAUCUUUUUAUUUAGUUGAAUCUUCCGAUGAACUCAGUAGUGCCUGGUGCAGAAUUGACAAAAGAGCCAUUCCGUUGGGAUCAGCGAAUUUUUAGUUUAGUCAUGAGACUACCAGCUAGUGUACCACCAGAUGUAUCUGCUUUUCCAUUUAUCCCCUCUGCUGAGAACACUGCUAUUGAUGUUAUGUGUGAAGUUACUGGAGGUAUGUGAAAUAUUAUUUAUAGAACCUUACUAUUAUCAAAUUUGUGGAUUUUUCAUGUCACUUCAAUUUACCUUUAAAUUUAAAUAAUUUUACACCACCUCAGAAUUUCCACUGGUAAAUUUUAAAUGUUUUUGUAAAGCUGUAAAUGCAUUCACCAUUCCUUAAUUCUGUAAUCAUAGGUCGGUCUUAUGCUGUUUACAGUCAGAAAAUGAUGAAUGCAGCCAUAGAAUCCUUGGUCCAGAAGGUUCAGUGUGGUGUGGUUAUAAAUUUUGAAAAGUUUGGUCCUGACCCACCACCAAUAACAGAUGCCAUGAGGAUGGAAUCUGAUGCUAAUGGCAAUGCUAAAGGUACUUCCUGCAAUCUCAUGUAGUUACUUGUAAUAGUUCUUGAGUAAAUGUGUGAUUGAUGUAGGUGGAAAAAACAGACAAAAGCAACUAACUUUUGAGGCUCCAUUAAUAAACUUUACAUUGUAAGAUUAUCCACAAUGCUCUCUAACUCUAAUUUAAUUCCUUAAUAUUUUUUGUACCUUCAUAGAAAAUCUGGAUACAAACAAACCUAUCCACCUGGAUGAUGAGGAUAAAAAACUUAUGGGUCUUCAAAGCAGUAAUGGACAUCAGCAGCAGAAUCUGGCAUGGCACAGCUGUCGCAGGCUUAUAUAUGUGCCGCGCUCUGCCCAGAAAGGACACUGUACUGGCCAUUGGCCUAUUCCAGAAGGAUACUGGCCAGAUAUUACAAGCCCUACUUUGGUAAGGAAUUAAAGGAAGAUUAGCGAAAGCUUUGAAAGCUAGAAAAUUAAUUAACUCAUUCCCUCCUGCAGUGCUACUUGCGUAUUUAUUUGCCUGAGAAAGGGAAGUAACCCCGUUUACAUUUUUUAAAUAUGUAUUUAAGCUACUAAAUAUUAUUUAAUGUUAACGAAUUAAGAACAAAUGCAUCAAAGAAUGAAUAAGGUUUAAUAUAAAAUAUAACAUUAGCGGGGGGGAAAUAACGAACAAUGGCCAAAAAAUCGAUUUUCGGCACCUCGGACAAAUGCUACAUAUUAACGCGCCGUACUAAAGCACACUUAGUUUUAAAGGUAGUUUUAAAGUGAAACAAGAUAAAAACUUCCGGUUUUUAACUUAAAAUCACGUUGAACCACGCCAUCGCCGGAAGUCUCGAGGGAUGCAAGAUUUCAUUGCUAUUUUUAAAUAGAUAUGAGAUAGGUAUGUCUCUAUGCGCGGGGCGCAUUUGGAUGCAUCUGACGAAAUCCGUAAAAGACGCAUUAAUCGCAAACGUCGGGAAUGAGUUAAAAAGCAGGCAUAAAAAACCAUUUCAUUGUAUUGAUAUUAUUGUCUUGAAAAGGUAUAGUAAUUACUAGCAAACUGAGAAAAUUGUCAAAGAGUCGUGUGUUUAUCAUAAAAGUCAAUUAAUGUGUUGUACAUCACUUUAACUGUAAGUGUUGUUAUAAUUGAUAUUGUUUUUCUUCUCGGCCAGCCACCUCGAACUGCCCACCCAGUGGUUCAGUUCUCCUGCCAGCUGUCUGAUCCUCUCGUGAUAGAAAACCUUCCUUUUGACAAGUAUGAGUUAGAGCCUUCACCACUGACACAGUUCAUUUUAGAGCGAAGACAGCCAAACACGUGUUGGCAGGUAAUCUUAAAGCAUGCCCUUUUGUAAAGAUUAGUAACACUGAAAUUCUGCCCAUUAUGUUUCCUAUUUGUAGGGGGUUUUUUGUGUGCUUUUUUCAAAUUAAAUUUUCUGUCCUUUAUUAUCAGGUAUUUGUGGCCAACAGCUCUAAGAUUAGUGACAUGUGCCACCCAUUUGGAUAUUUGAAAGCCAGCAGUACCCUUACUACAGUGAACCUCUUUGUGAUGCCUUACAAUUAUCCUGUGUUAUUGCCAUUGCUAGGUAAAUUGUGAAUAGCAUUCCUCAUAUUCAGUUCUAAAGAAGUGUUUGUAGUUAGGUUAAAUACAUUUUUAUUAUCAAAGUAGUAUAUAUGCAUAUUUAGACCAAUUUUAUUCCCUAACAUCUUUUAAUAUUAAAUUAUAAAGAUUAUUGCCAUCAUAAAUUGUAUAAUUAUUUUUUUUCUUCAUUCAGAUGAAUUGUUUAAAAUCCACAAUUUAAAGCCAAAUCAGCAAUGGAGGCAAAGAUUUGAGAACUACUUAAAAACUAUGCCAGGAUACUAUGCCCCGGUCAGUAAUUGUGGCUCUUUUACUUAUGGGGAGAUUUGGAUGAAACUUUGUGAAAAUAAUUUGUUAAUUUUAAAAAACUUGUACCUGUGACUUUGAAUGUUGCUUCCACUAGAUCUUAGAAAGGUAUAUUUGCAUCACUGUGUAUUUGUUUGGUUUCUGUUUUGAUAACUUUUUUUUUUCCUGCAGAAUCUGCGACGAGCUUUAGUUAGAAUGGGUGCACCAAACUUAGUGUCUGAUAACAUGGACAAUUGCCUUAGCUACAGUGUCAUUACAUACCUCAAAAAGUUGAAAAAUCAGGUAAAGAUCAAUAUUCAUUAAUACGUUGUUUUUGGUUUUUUUUGUCUUUUUUUUUUCUUAUUACAAUGACUUUUAAUAGUACUUCAACUCCUUAAUCCAUUUAUAUUUGAUCUUUUGCUUUCCGUUUCUUUCUAAACUUGAUUUGGUGAUGUCAAAUGAAGAUUAUCUUUGUUUUAGGCGAGGAUAGAGAUGGAUAGACUCAAUGCUUCCAUUGGACAAAAACCUACCAGACAUGAAGGAAUAAGAGUAAACACCAGGUUAGUUACCAAUGUGCUGGAUUUGUAAAAAUAUUUUUUACUUUACAUUAAUUUCACAAUUUUAAUUCAAAGGCGUGUUAUUAUGUUUCAUACAUUUUCUUUCUCUUCCAGGAGCAAAACAUCAAUUUUACAGAGAAAAGAUUUCCACCAAUUAUUGGCUAACCUAGGGGGAAACAUGGCGGGAUUAAAACAAGAGCUACAGCAGGACUAUAGUGGUUUUACAUUAGCGGUUGAGGAUCCAGACAUCAAGCCACAGUUCUACAGGUGAGGUCUUAACAUAUUUUCAAGUUUGAACACUUGUUAGGGGCUAAGCCACUUCUGUCAUUAAUAACGUGAUAUUCGCUGUCACAUAUUUAUACUGUAUUGAGAUUUUACUUUUUUUUAAGACAUUGACAUAAUUUAAUUGAAAUAUUCAUUUUUAGUUGCAAUAAAUUUUAACCUUCCAGAAAUCCUUACGACAUACCUCGCAAAAGCCUCAUUGAUCAAAUUAGCAGAAUGAAAAAUAAUUUCCUCAGGACUUCAAUCAAUUCAGAAUCUCUCAUUGAUCUAGGUAUGACUGAAAACUUUAUUAUGUCUUUGCAAGUUUUUAUUUUUAUUUUAAGUGGUGUCAUUUUUGGGAUACCUGCAUGGGAUAUAACAAAGAAAUCAAAUCAUUUUUAAACUCGAUAAAAAAUUUGAAUUAAUGGAACUUUGCAACAUUGUAACUUUAUAACUAUUUAAAGUUGAAAUUCACCAUUCCUAAAUAUCUUAAAUGAAAAUCUUGCCUAUAGAUGAAAGGCACAGAGUAGCUAUCAGUCAGAUGGGCAACUACCAGGAAGUACUCAAGAAACAACCGCCUGCAUUGAGAGAGCUGGAGAGCACACCUACAAGAAUGCAUAUGUUUGGUAAUCCUUUCAAAGUCAACAAACAGGUUUGUUUCAACAAAGUAUUAUCUUAAGGGCUUGGAAAUCAGAAUAAGGUAGCUGAUUUCAGUGCCACUGCAGACCUUUGUAGAUUGAAUUUUUUUUUGCUUCAUUCAAAUAAAAUUUGGAAAAUUCUUAUUUUAUUUUUCUAAUGGAGUCUUCCUUUUUUUAAAUACCUGUAACUAGAGGAGUGUAUUUGCUAUGAUGUAAUCAAGAUGAAAGAAGUUAUCUUUAACUUUCCAUUACCUAGCUUACCGUUGAUGAAGCUGAGGAAGCCAUUGUGAUAGGUAAUUCCCCCAGGAAAAGAACUGCUUCAGAAAGUCCACCUAAUUCUCCUCAUCGUAAAAGAAAGCCAGGUAAAUAUUGAUAUGAAUUUAUUGUCUUAAAUUAUUAAAAUAUUCUAUAGUGCUGUAGGAUUUUAAUUAUAUCUUUAGUACUGGUACUGGUAGUUCAAACUUGGUGUUUCAAACAUGUUCUUGUGAUACAUUUAUUUUAUUGUCAGAAUGUUUAAAAUUUUAAAAUAGAGCUCCUUAAUAAUUUUAGCUGCUGUAUCAAGAAAUUAAUGGAAACAUUACCUAUUUAACAGGUCCACUGCCACGUGAUUUACCAUACCGUCGACCGUCUACCUCAUCGAUUACACCGCCAUCCAGUCCAGCACCAUCUACAGUUUCGGAUUCCGAAUUUGAGUCAGGUAAGUAUACAUUCCACACCAGAGGAAGGUACCAUCAUUUUUGUUUGUUUUGCUCUACUUACUACGGCUGCUCUUUUAGUAAAUUGUUAAAAUUAAACAGUUUUUUUUUAAUACAAAAGUUCAUCAGAUAUUUAAUAACAACCUAUUUGCAAAUCUAGUGUCCCAGAAUUUUCAAGCUGUUUUUUCUUUUACAGUUCUUGAUUUUAUUUUGUUCUUGUCUAAUAAAUUUGACUUACUUUUAGAAUUUAAGCUAUGGCAACAGUAUUGUAAGUAACCUAUUUCAAAACCAUAUCCAUCAAUUAAAAUCAAUCUGAAUUUGAUUUUUCAUCUCUCCACAUCUCACAUGGAUUUCCCCCUUCCCCUCUCGGUCUCUGUCUGUCUCCCUGUUAGAUGAAACACCAUUACAGAUAAUUACAGACUCUGAUGAUGACACGAGUAGCUUGGGCAGUGAUGGUGAGGAAAAUGCUUCCGUAUAUAAUCACAUGACAUCCCCAUCUCAAAAUAACUCUAGUUCUCAUAGUGAAAAUGGCAUUUCUGAUCACACCACUGUGCAUGAGAGUGUGAAUGACAGCCGACUUUUGGACACAUUAGCAGAUGCCCUUAUUGGAGACAAGAAAGAGUUGCAGGUUUGGAGUUUUAACAGACAUCUGAAACUAAUGAUAAACAAAGAAGUUAAAAGGCCAGGAAGAAGUAAGUAAAGACGCUAUUUAUUAUAUACUGAACUUUUAAAUUAAUUUAAUAAUUGCCAUUGCCCUACUUAAUUUAUCUUGAUUGGAAAAAACGUUUUGCAAACAUAGACUCUUUAUCAUGGGACUGUAUUUCGAUUAUUAUAAAUGUAUGGUGCUAAAAUGUGUUAUUCCCUUUAUGAGAGGCAUUUAAAUUGUGCUUUCCCCAUUUCGUGGGAAUACUGUAGACGAAGUGGAUAAAUUUUGCUAGCUUUUAGGUUUUUUUAAAACAUUCUAAUACAUUUAUUUUUACUACUUAUAAGACCACAAAGUGCAAAGAGAAUAAUCCUUGUGGUUUAGGCUAUUGUUCCCAAUGAUAUGGUUAUACUACCCAAAUAAUUGUUACAGGGUAAAUACAUUUUCGAUACAUUCCAUUUUUUUUAAUGCUACCAGUACAAAGUUUCCUGGGUGAUGAAAAAAAGUUUAAUCACUAUUCCCUUCUGCAUUUAACAUCACCCUGUUUCCCGGGAGAGGGAGAAUUAUCCAUUUUAGCAAUUAGAGGGUUUUUAAUACCGAUUCCAAUUAUGUCAAUAAAAUGGAAUUAGCGCUACUAUGUAAAGUUAAUUUAAUUAUGUUUUCCCUUUCUUUGUCAUCUUUUUUCGCCAGAUUUUGACAGGUUAUUUCAGCUGUUAAAUACCGUACAGGGAAGUUUUAAAGUCCAGGCAGAGUUCGUGAAAGACAUCAUUUACGAGGCACAGAGGUUCAAGCGGAAGACUCUGGUUCAGGAUUUAGAAAAAUUUAUCCAAACUAUUCAUAAUUGUAACAACACAAAACUGAACAAUAAAUUCAGCAACAAAAACACAUACAGCUGAUAAACAAGGGCCAGUGAUGAACAAAAAUUACAAACUCCAGAGCAUGCAAACAUACUGUUAGUAUAUUUGGUUUCUCUGACUGUGCUGACCAUACCUAGCGUAGAUGUUUUGCACAUCAGUUCAUCCAGAUAUAACUUGGGUAUAUUUCAGCUUUUUCCACCAGUCCAAAGUGGUGUUUUCUCUUAAAAGCAAUGCCCUAGCUUGGUAUGCAUUAUUUCCAAGUUCAGCUGUGCCUUUGGGGGCCUGAUAAGGUCUUCCUGAUUCUUUGGAGGUGACCCUAGGUGAGGAUGAAGUGACUCAAUGUGUUUUUCUCUGAUGCUCUGUGAAAUUCAUGAUUCAGAUCUGGAGUGGAAAGGAGGGGGAUAUGUUUUUCUUUAAACUUUAUCCAAAUUAAUUGCUGUGUAGGGUCCUAUUGUAUUGUAAGCUUGGGAUGUUUUUAAAAAAAUAAAUCUGAAAAUGUGUUUUAAGCAGAACAAGGCACACAAUGCAUUACAAUAUGAAUAAUCCAUUUAUUGUAGCAAAAUUAAUGUAUGCUUUGCUGAAGCCUGCAUUUAAAUUAGUAAUUGAGCUAGAAAAUCAAACAGUGAGAUUGUGACUGUUUUUAACUGCAAUUAUUUUAGUUGUGGCUCCUACCAGUCAACCACACUUGAAAAUGUUUAGACACAAGUCUUCAAAUAACUACUGCUACUACUAGUGGUGCUGGUCCAUUUUAAAGGGACACAAUUUAAUUUUUUAAAACACUUGCUGUGUCUUACGCAAGGGGAGUAAUUAACAAAAAAAGGUAUAUUUUAAUUUAUUACAUUUUUAUUUUUUUUAACAAUAAUUUACAUUCUGAGGCUCUGAAGUCUAAGAAUGAAUUCUACAUAAGUAAAUUUGGUUUAUGCGUAAGUACUCUUAUAAAAGUUAUGAUGUCCUCUUGAUAUUGUUUAAGUGUGGUCAUUUCCAAAGGUGCUCGGUGUAGCUGGUGUGGACAAUCAACUGGUCCUGAUACUUCUCAGCAAAUCAUGAGACUUGUUUACAAUGUUCACACAACAAAGACAAAAUAUCUGUGAUACAAUCAUUCAUUAGUAUUCUAGUUGUCAUGUUUUAUUGUUAACUGGCUAAGAGUCCAUUCAAAUGUAUUACUAUUUGUUUUGUUACCGGUAUGUUUUCAAAUAUUCAGAUUAUUUGGGGGACAAAGCAGACUUUUCUAAUGUAUCAAUUGGGGCUGAUUAAAAAGUUGAACUUUCAUAUUGUCAUAAAAUCAAAGACAUACAAUAAUAAAAUAAAUUAUCUUUCAUGUCAUAGGUUAGGAUACCACUUCUGUACUGUACUAUUGAUACUAAGUUAUAGUGUCUACGUAACUUUUUAGGGUAAGACAGGGUUUCCCAGCACUCCCUACAUCCAUAGGGUGCAGGUGGAAAAGUGAUUUUUUUUUUUUUAUUAUUAAAAGGAUAAGGAUGGCUCUUUUAUUAUGAAUAUUGUACUGAGUAAUAACUUUUAAUGAGUCACAGUUUCUACAGUUCUCUUUGAAAUUUAAAAAUUAUUCAAUUUAUUUUCAAAUUUAUUGCUAGACCGGUCAAAAUCUUUCUUGUAGUAGGGAUGCAGAUUUUAGAAAAUGUUGGGAAACCCUGUGGUAGAAAUAACGUACAGAAAUUUGUGUUGUCUCCUCAAAAUUUAUACGUUUAAUUUAAGUCCAGUGGUUUUUUUUUUUUAUUAAUUUGAAAGGGCUGUAAGACCUGGUAUUCAUCCAUUGUACUUCAUUGUUCCAGUUUUUA